AUCAAAAGUGCCACUGACGUAAUAGUCGAGGGACUGGAAAUGGAAAAAACUACAAAAAUAUGAGGUGCAAAGUCAAAUUACCUCCUAACCCCUUGAUAUAAUAAGACUAAAUUUCAGGUCCAAAUUUUUUCAAUUAAAUAUUUCCCAUUACAAAAUAUGUUCCCUCAUGUCAAGCAUAGGCAUAUGGAACACAAACCGGAAAAGAGAAAAACAGAAAUUAUUCUUGUUAGAGUCAAACGGCCCCUUAACUUAUUCUUGAUAUUCAAAGAAAAUGCGGUGUGUAACAUUCAACGGUCAGCAGCUUUGUCGUUUCUUUUUGUAACAUAUGGACGGUACUUGGAAGCAGCCAAAAGAACAGUGGACUGCGGUAAGGGCGUGUUUGGCACUCCGGCAAGGCUUACGGAGUUUGCGAAAUCGCAGGUUGAUUAUAUCCUCGGAGACAAUCCGAUGGGGAUGUCUUAUAUGGUGGGGUAUGGGGAAAAAUAUCCUCAGAAAAUACACCACCGCGGUUCUUCUUUGCCUUCCGUGGAUCAUCAUCCAGCACCAAUUGGAUGCAAGGAUGGGACACCAUAUUUCCAGUCCCCGGACCCGAACCCGAAUUUGCUGGUCGGGGCUGUCGUCGGAGGCCCAGACGGAAAUGACAAAUUUGCCAACGAUAGAGCUGACUCUACGCACUCGGAGCCUGCUACUUAUGUGAAUGCGCCUCUUGUCGGAAUCUUGGCUCACCUUAAAGCUGUUUCUUAACCUAGGUUUUAUUGGGGAUAAAUUAGGUUUUAGACCGUAGAGUAUGUCCUUAACAAAUAAUAAAUAGUAUCCACACACACACAUACUUCAAUUGGUAUUUGUAUUUUGUGCCCUCUCAUUCUUUAUUUAAUUAAACCCAUCUUUUACUUGCAUAGUUUCCGUUCAGAUCAAGUCAAAACUCGAUAGUUUUAAUUGUCGUUCAUAUCUUUUACUCUAGCUAUUAGGAUUGUUUGAAAGAUCUGUUACCAAAUACGGAGUAUGACUAAAAGUAACUCCAUAUUCACAAAUAAAGAGUACUUCCUCCGUUCCUCAACGUAUCAUGUCUUUGGCAGUAGCACUAGAAGCAUAUAUUUUCUAAGUCGUGGAGGAGGUGGGAGGUAAAAAAAGUUGGAUAACAC